AUGGUACGCUUGGUUCUUCCCCAUCCAAUACAAGGCAUCGCUAUCUCCUGGUCCAGGAUGCAGAUCUGUGGCUGUCGCUCUCCCAAUGUGGUUUUCCGGGAUGGAAUAUGGACGUGGGUCUUGUUUCUGUGGUUGGGAUUGGUAGAGCUCGCCUUAGCGGACAUGUACAGCUCCAUGGUGAAUAUUCAGCAGGCUCUGGAGACGGAGAAGGUGUUGAUAGAGCACCUGGGGACUUACCUGCAGGAGGAGACCUACCGGCUCAAUGACCUGCGCAGGUUCUAUGAGAAGGCGAGGCAUUACCAUGGGAAGACUCGUGCUCCGGUGUCAGACCCCGUUGUCGCCUACACCUUGCUGAAGCGGCUUCAGUCCGAGUGGAUGAAUGUCGUGGGCAGUCUGGAAGCUGGAGACAACAUCAAAGUUCUGAAGGAUGGCUAUGAGAAGAUGGAGAGACAUCUGCCCAUACUGGAGGAUGUGGAAGGAGCAGCCAAAGCCCUCAUGAGGCUCCAGGACGUCUACUCCCUGAAUGUGAAGGACUUGGCCAAAGGAGUCUUCCAGAGCGGACCGGACUCUCAUUACAAUUUCCAGUACAGGCCGGACCGGGUGUGCACCAUGUCAGCCGAUGACUGCUUCCAUAUAGGCAAGGUGGCCUAUGAGAUGGAGGAUUACUACCAUUCCAUUCCAUGGCUGGAGGAGGCAGUCAGCAUGUUCCGGGGUUCCUAUGGCAAAUGGUUGACUGAAGACAUGGGGUCCCUCGAAGAUGCUCUGGAUUAUUUGGCAUUUUCCUAUUACAAAGCGGGAAAUGUAUCUCAGGCGCUGGACCUCUCCAGAGAAUGUCUGCUCUAUGAUCCCGACAACCUGCGGCUGGCUGAAAACGUCGCCAAAUAUGAGAAGCUAUUGGAUGAGAAUCUGACCGCAGGAGAGAUGGAGGAGCAGCAGCUGCACCGACCCAACGUCACCCACCUGAGGACGAGGGAUCUCUACGAGGGACUGUGCCAGACUCGCGGGUCACAGCCGUGGUUGUAUGAAGAUCCCCGGAUGAAGUGCUCCUAUUAUACAAAGCACAGCCCUCACCUCAUCCUUCAGCCCCUGAAGAAGGAGAUAUUGAGCCUGGCCCCCUAUGUGGUCCUCUACCAUGACUUUAUCACCGACUACGAGGCUGAGAAGAUCCAAGGGUUGGCUGCGCCAUGGUUACACAGGUCUGUGGUGGCCUCCGGAGAGAAGCAGGCUGAGGCCGAAUAUCGGAUCAGUAAAAGUGCAUGGUUGAAGGACACUUUGGACCCCAUCAUUAUAAACAUCGACGUCCGCAUUGCCGCAGCCACUGGACUGAAUGUCCGACCUCCAUAUGCCGAGUACCUCCAAGUGGUGAAUUACGGGAUCGGAGGACAUUACGAGCCGCACUUUGACCACGCUACAUCUCGGAAGAGCCCCCUGUACCGCACCAACACCGGGAACCGGAUGGCCACCUUCAUGAUCUAUGUAAGUUAUGUCUAUGUGGUGGAG